AUGAAGUUCAUUCUUGUUACUUUGGCGUGUCUGGUGGCACAUCCAAUGGCUGCGGCAGGUUCUGCUCUUCCAGGAGCCGCCGCGCUCGACAGACGAGCAUGUCUUCCAGCCCUGAAUUACACUGUUGAGAUUGAUUAUGUCGGGUGCUACACGGACCCAACGACACCUAGAACCCUGACCGGUGCAUCCUUCACGUUGAGCUCAAACUCUCCUGAAAAUUGCGGCUUCUUGUGUGGUCGAGCUGGCUACUCCUAUGCUGGAGUUGAAUAUACUAGUCAGUGCUUCUGUGGGAACAGCAUCGGAAACGAGAAGGCGGAUGAAUCCUCGUGCAGUAGCGCGUGUCCCGGAGAUGCCACUAAAACCUGCGGCCAGGCGUAUUUUGUCAAUGUAUGGGAGGUGACCAACCCAGUCGACGGAGGAGUGUCUACAUACUUUCCAGACUGUACCCGCGACCCCCUGUGCUCCAACGCUGUAUGCGACACUUCGCUGUCACCCCAGGAGAGGGCGUCGGCUUUGGUCGCCGAGCUGACCAUUGACGAGAAGCUGACGAACCUCGUCGAAGAAGCACCGGGAGUGCCUCGCCUGGGUAUUAUGCCGUAUGGAUGGUGGUCGGAAGGACUUCACGGCUUGGCUUCAUCCCCAGGUGUCUUUUUCAACGAUGCGGGUAAUAACUAUAGUUACGCGACGUCUUUUCCCCAGCCAAUCCUGACCGGCGCGGCGUUUGAUGAUGAAUUGGUCAGAGCCAUUGGCGAGGUCAUCAGCACUGAAACUAGGGCAUAUGAUAAUGUCGGCCGUGUUGGGCUCGAUCUUUAUACACCCAACAUCAACCCCUUUCGAGAUCCUCGCUGGGGUCGCGGUCAAGAGACGCCCAGUGAAGAUCCCUUUCAUGUGCAGAGCUAUGUUUCUGCGCUUCUAUCUGCCCUGGAAGAUAGUUCCUCGGGCGAGAAGAAGGUGAUUGCCACUUGCAAGCAUUACGCAGGCUAUGAUUUUGAGGGGACCAGCUCCGUCAGCCGACACAGUUUUGACGCCGUUAUUACGCUACAAGACUUGUCCGAAUACUACCUGCCACCUUUCAAGACCUGUGCGGCAGACGAGCAGGUCGGCGCCAUCAUGUGCAGCUAUAAUGCCGUCAAUGGCGUGCCCGCCUGCGCUGACUCGUAUCUCCUCGAAGAUAUCUUGCGUCAGCACUGGGGAUGGGAGAGUCCCGAGCAUUACGUCUCGACGGACUGCGGUGCGGUUGAUGAUAUUUCGGGAGGACACGGCUACGCUGCAGAUCUGGGCCAUGCCUUGGCAGUGGCCUUGCAAGCUGGUACCGAUGUAGACUGUAGCUUUGGCGACGACGCAGCGUAUCAGCAAGCCUGGAACCAGUCUCUCAUCACCGAGGCAGAGGUGGACAAGGCCUUGACCAGACUGUACGCGGCACUCGUCAGUGUGGGGUUCUUUGAUCCCGCUUCGACUCAGCCUCUUCGCGCACUCGACUGGAGCGAUGUCAACACUCCCGAUGCUCAGACGCUCGCCUAUCAAGCCGCUGCAGAAGGUGCGGUACUGCUCAAGAAUGAUGGGAUUCUUCCCCUCGCCCUGGAGCAGGUUGGAUCGGUGGCCUUGAUCGGUCCCUGGGCGCAAGCGACACAACAGAUGCAGGGCAAUUACGCUGGCCCAGCCCCGUAUCUCAUCUCGCCCGCAAAUGCCUCCACUACUUUGGGGGUCAAUUAUACGUAUGUCCUUGGAUCCGGGAUAAGCAGUAGCGAUAGCUCAGCAGAUGAAGCGAUCCAGGUCGCGAUUUCGGCAGAUACAAUCAUCUACAUGGGUGGCAUUGAUAACACCAUUGAGGCCGAGUCUCUGGAUCGGACCGACAUUGCGUGGCCAGCAUCCCAGCUUGAUCUAAUUCGAAGGCUUGCUGCUCUCGGAAAACCGCUCGUGGUCGUGCAGUUUGGAGGUGGCCAAGUUGACGAUACCGAACUGCUCGCGAAUGAGUCGGUGAACGCCCUUCUAUGGGGAGGCUAUCCGGGCCAGUCGGGCGGCACUGCCAUUGUCGAUAUCCUCUUUGGCAACGUUGCUCCUGCUGGACGCCUACCCAUAACGCAGUACCCGGCUUCUUACACCAGUCAAGUUCCUCCAACGGACAUGGAUCUCCGCCCGAGCUCUGGAAAUGCAAACCUCGGACGGACGCACAUGUGGUACGAGGGUGAAGCCCCUGUUCCUUUUGGAUUUGGACUGCACUACACGGAAUUCGCAGUGGAAUUGGCUGGCGAGCCGACAUGGCUCAAUGGCUUCACCUCGGAACAAAACAUUGGCAACAUACCCUCACAGGUCAAUACGACCGACUGGCUCAACACCCUCAACUUGCCUGUGCUGGAGGUACCUCUGUCUGUCGAGAAUAAGGGAAGCGUGGCCUCGGACUAUGUUGUUCUCCUCUUUGCCAACUCCACGGCCGGCCCAACACCCCGACCAAGCAAGAUUCUAGCAGCAUAUGGCCGCGUCAAGGGCGUCGAGCCGGGCGCUGCGGCCACAGUGAGCCUCGAGGUGAAGCUGGAUCGUAUUGCGCGAGUAGAUGAACAGGGCAACAGAGUGCUUUACCCAGGAAGCUUUGAGCUGUUUGUGGACCUUGAUGCGAAAGCGAGUUAUGGGUUUACCUGGACCGGGUCGGAUCUGACCAUUGAGAAUUUCCCGCAGCCCAAUACUAGCCAGAAGCGCAUUAGAUAUGUGGUCUAG